AUGGAUCUCUAUUAUGCAUUAUUUCAUCUUCUGUACUUCCUAAUAUACUUGGAAGAUAUUCGAGAAAUCCAUACUACUACUACUACUACUACUACUACUACUACUACUACUACUACUACUACUACUACUACUACUACUACUACUACUACUACUACUACUACUACUACUACUACUACUACUACUUCUAUUGCGACUAAUAAUGAUGAAGCUAACCAUAAUUUCCUACUGAAAAUUACUUUUCAAAUGUAUGAAAUAAAUAAUUGUUAA